CAGCCAAAGACUGCUGUGGUUGCAGAGAUUAGGCUGCUGGGUUGAAACCUCUGCCGUGUGUUUUGGUAGAUGUCAGAUGAUACUCGUUUGAGUUAGAGCAGACGGAGGCCUCAUCCUGUCGACUCUGUGCUUUAUGUGUGUGUGUCUGAUUUAAAAAAAAGAAAAGAAAAAAGGCUGCAUCGCGCUAAUGCGUUAGCUUCCUACAAAAUCACAGCUUUAAUGUUAAAUGGAAGCAAUUAAAUAGCUGCACAGACAGGCUAUGUGCCAUCACACGGCUCGCUUCACUUGACUGAGGAUGGAAAGGUGUUUUCGGGGAACGCUAUCACACGAGUCAGACGUCGGAGACAUCGCACUGGGAGACACUAUCUUCUGAGGAUAACCUGGAUAACCUUACACGAAAUGUCAUAGCGCGUCAGUAGCUAGCACUGAGCUAGCUUGGUAAUGGCUACACGAGAUGGAGAAGGACCCGAUGUGAUCAUCAGCAGCAGCAGACCAUGCACAGCUGGAUGGAUAGCUAGAUAAAUACUUUUCCUCCGGAGAUGCUUUAGCCUCCUGGGUGGUGUAAUUUCACUUACAUAACAGCUAGUCGCAUCCGCUCUAGCCUUCACCAACUGGCCUGUGUUGGCAAAGCAAAUGGGACAUUUGGCACCAAAAAUCUGUGUUGUCUCCACAUCAUAAGUGACAAAAGGCAUCCCUGCGUGUUUUUCAGGCUGCAAAUAGACUUCUUCAGGUUCACAAUCUGACCUGCAUAAUCAGUGCAAUAACUGCACAGGAAUCAAGCACUUUAUCUCUGUGUGUGUUUGUGUUUGUGUGUGUGUGUGUGUGUGUGUGUGUGUGUGUGAUUGAAGCAGCACACACUGCUGUCAAUUCACCAACAUGAGGAAGUUCUUCGAUUCUCGUCGGGAGUUGGUGAGCUCCGGGCCCGGUUCUGGAGGAGGAGGAGGCAGCUCUGGGUCCAGUCAUGCAGGCGGAAAUUUCAUUGGCAGAGCCUUCACCGUCGGGCGGCACCAAGUUACUGUGGAGGAGAUCAUUGCUGAAGGUGGCUUUGCAAUCGUGUUCCUUGUGCGAACAAAUCAAGGGGUGCGUUGCGCCCUGAAGAGGAUGUAUGUCAACAAUGAGCAUGAUCUGCAGGUGUGCAAAUGCGAGAUCCAAAUAAUGAAAGACCUUGUCGGUCACAAGAACAUUGUUGGUUACCUGGAUUCCAGUAUUACGGCUAUGGGAUCGAGGGAUGUAUGGGAGGUCCUCAUACUUAUGGACUACUGCAAGGGGGGUCAGGUGGUCAAUUUGAUGAAUCAGAGGCUGCAGACCGGCUUCACUGAGGCUGAGGCGCUGCAGAUCUUCUGUGACACCUGCGAUGCUGUUUCUCGCCUGCACCAGCGCAAGACACCCAUCAUCCACAGAGACCUUAAGGUGGAGAACAUCCUCCUGCAUGACAAGGGUCAUUAUGUGCUGUGUGACUUUGGCAGCGCCACUGACAAGUUCCAGAGCCCGCAGACCGAAGGAGUGGCCAUCGUGGAGGAAGAGAUCAAGAAGUACACCACUUUAUCAUAUCGUGCUCCUGAGAUGGUGAACCUCUACAAUAACAAGAUCAUCACCACAAAAGCAGAUAUCUGGGCGCUGGGCUGUUUGCUCUACAAAGUGUGCUUCUUCACUCUGCCCUUUGGUGAAAGCCAGGUGGCCAUCUGUGAUGGCAGCUUCACCAUUCCAGACAACUCCCGCUACUCUUAUGAUCUUCACUGCCUCAUUCGGUACAUGCUGGAGCCAGACCCAGACAAAAGGCCAGAUAUCUACCAGGUGUCCCACUUCGCUUUUAAACUAGCUCAGCGGACCUGUCCUGUCCAGAACGUGAAGAAUUCUCCAAUUCCUUCCAAACUUCCUGAGCCAAUCAAAGCGAGUGAGGCUGCAGCAGCAAAGAAGAACCAGGCUAAACCCAGACUGACUGAUCCAAUUCCCACCACUGAAACCUCCAUCACCCCUCGCCAGAGGCCCAAAGCAGCCCAUACCCAGGCCGCGGCUGGCAUCCUACCCAUUCAGCCUGCUGCUCUCACCCCUCGCAAGCGAGCUAAUCUCCCAGGUGGUGUUGCUCAGCCUGUGGGAGUCAGCCUAAACCUCUCUCAGCCGGCUGCAGCUCUGCAGUCACAGAAGGCACAGACUUCAGUUCUGCCACUCGUCCAGCCACAAAACAAUUCAAGUCAGGCUGUGGCUCCACAGAAGCAGGUACAUACUGAGCAAUUACACCGAACAGACAGAGGAGCUUUUUUACAGGUGCAGCCAGCCGCAGUUACAGGAGCAGAGACUACAACAGCGGCAGCAGUCGUGUCACCAGUGACCAAGGCUGACGUCCCACAGCAAGCACAGCCAGUAGUCCAGCAGCAGACAACACCUUCCCCUGUGGUGAGCACCACCUCCCAGCAGGCAGCUCAGGCCCCAUCCAGCCCAGCUCCACCUCAACGCCCAGCUCGGCGCAAGCAGGCUCAGCAGCCGGCGGCUCAGCAGCCGGCGGCUCAGCCUUCACCCAGCAAACCGGCCUCUGGUCAGAUCCCUGCAUCUCAGCAGCAGCAGAUAAGUCAGCCAUCAGCGGCCCAGGCUCAGCCCGCCUCCUCUGAGAUCAGCCAAAAAGCUGCUGAGACGACUCCACCUGCUUCUCCAAAGACAACUGAAGAGCGAGGCCACCAACGCACACCGAGUGACGCCGCAGCGAGCAGCGUUGCUGGAGUCCCAGUGAGCGACUCCCUACUGCAGCCUGAAGGAGCUGACGGAGACGCUGCCCUCAACCAAUCACUUCCAUCUCAACCGAGCACCGCCCAGCUUGUUGAGCUCGGUGUCGGUGAUGCAGAUCAGAACCAAAACAAAGAUGGACCUGCUGUUCUUGCGUCCGCCGAUCCCACUCAACCCACAUGGAACCCUUUUGACGAUGACAACUUUUCCAUCCUCACUGCAGACGAAUUCAAAACCGAGGACAAAAAGCCGACUGACUUACCUUCAGAAAUUGAGCCGUCAUCCUCAGAGGAGUUGAUACCAGGCCUGCAGGCCUCAUCUGUGGAUAAUACACUCCAAGAAACUGUUGAAAGACCAUCAACCAUCCUUGAUGUGGAUUCUGGAGCCUCACUUUUGGUUGUCCCCGAUCCUUUUGGUAUCCUCGACCUGUCGGAUGCACCUGAGAAGCUGAUUGAAGGACUCAAAUCUCCAGACACAUCUUCACUCAUGCUUCCCGACCUCUUGUCGUUGUCCGAUCCCUUCGGUGGCUCCUUGGAGGAUUCUGCAAAAGACCCUCUCACCACAGACGACUCUCUCCUGGGCUGCUCUCUGAUCUCUGCUCCGUCCGCCCCUCCAGCAGCGAGCAGUGCCACCUCCUCUGUCUCUUCUGCUCCCACCUCUGCUGCCUCCGCUUUAGAUGAUUUCAGUCUGUUGUCUGGAGACUGUGCACAGCCUGUAGCAGCAGACUCGUCUCUCCUGAUCUCAGACUUUGAGCCCCAGCAGGCCACCGUAGAGGCCGGCACAGAGGACGAGUUUGAUCCGAUCCCCGUCACAGGCCGAAAGAACUCCCAAGAGCUGCAGAGGGAGCUCAACAGUAACACACUGCCAGCUGCUGAGGCUUCUGUGCAGCUCGCUGAGGAGAAUCAAAGGCUGAGGAUUGAGCAGAAGACAGCUGCAUGUGUCUAUAAUAAACACAUGCUGCUAUCAGAUGAGAGGAGAAUACAUCACCAUGCAAUACCAGCUCCUUCCACUAGCCUCCCGUUUAUACCUGUCAACCAAGUAUCCCAGUUCCAGGCCCCAAACAGAUCAGUCAGCUCUGAUGUCUUCCAGCUGGCCCCUUUUAAAACGCCAGGAAAAGAAAGCAGGACGGCACUCCGCAGCUCCUCCUCUUCUGCAUGUCCAAAACCUGCUGAGACCUCCAAUGUUUUCCUCACGGCACCGUUUGGAAAGAAGCAGGAAACCACCAAAGAUGAUCCUGCUUACACUCACAUAUUUAAGUCUGGUACACAGCAGAUUCAAACCAGCAAACAGUGUCGCCAGGUCCCGGGACCAUCUCAUCCCGGUCCUCAGUCUCUCGGUAUUCGGGCCCCUCCUCUGCACACGGAGGCCCCUCUGCUCCAGCAGCCGGUGGCGGUGCACCGGGUCGUCUCCAGGAUCGGUCAGCAGGCCGCCGUGGGCUCGGUAGCGGUUGGGCCUCUGCACUCCUGGACCAUCGGGGGGAGACCUCUGGACGACCCGUUCACCGGUGCACCUUUCCAUCCAAGAUGCUCUCAGGGGAAACCUUGAUCAUAUAAUCAUCUCUGAAAAUAUGCCAAGUCGGAGGUUUUUUCUGUUGUGAGCCAAAGUAGAUUUCAGUCGCAGUAUUACUCAAAUUUCUAAUGUAGUUUAACUCUUGUCAUUAUUACUGCAGUAUUAAAACGAGUAAAUAAUCCUUUUACUGAUUAUAUACUUGUUUAAAAUGAAUGUUCUACCUCAGUCAUGUGAUUUGCUUUCAGUCUGAGCACAACAGUGCAUCAUUUAGCACUUAAACAUUGUGAAGUUGGACUGAGAAGUUUCUAAGAUGACCAUGAAGGAUUUGUCUGGGACUAGAUUUUAAACUGAAUUUAGGAUAUCAAAAAGGGGUUUUGUUAAAAGGUCAAAUCCAUAAUUUUGACCAGGUAGUAAAAAUAAUAGUGUGUUUCAUAAUUACUAUUGGUGUUUUACUUUGACCUUUAGACUUAGACCCAUCAGUUUGGCAGUGAUUGCGAUUUCUUAACUUUUCUAGUUGUGUACUCUUUUGUUUACACGUAUAUAACGGAUUGUGCCUUGAAUACCAGUUGGAUUGUUUUUUACUAAAAUGGCUGAAGGCGUUCGGUCAGUAUUCAGCAUAAGUUCUGCAAAACAUACCAAACAUUCUGCUGCGAGCCAAAGUAAUCAUUGGAUAUCAAAUGUGAUCGUGUGAAACGUUUUUCACACAGUUGAAGGACAAAACAUAUUCAUGCAGUAUUUACUUUCAUAUUUACGAGGGAAAGCACUGAAACUCUGAAGAGAUUUUAAGAAAACACAGACUACACAAAAUCCCAAAUGGCUGGUCACUCGAGAGCUGUACUGGAACCAGUAUGAUGUUGGAAGGAUCUCAAUUUAAGUGCUUAAUUGAAUAAUUGUUUGCAGGCAUUUCUUCUAACAAACUGCACCAGUGUUAUGGACCUUUUACAAUGAUUUAUUCCCCGCUAAUGUUGUUUGUAUUUUGUCUUGGUAUUUUAAAUGAAACAUAUCAUGUCUGUGGUUCUAAUGCUGAUGUCCUACAGCAUAAGAGGACAGGUUAGAAGGGAUUCUCAAGAAAGCACCAACAUCACCUCCACCAAGUCGACUUUGUAGUAAGUUUCUCUCAAAGUGAUAAGAUUUAAAAUAAUGCUUUUAGUUUUGCUUCACACUUUCUCACAGAUAAAGACUUUUUGUAAACAACGCUGCCUCGCCAUUCUAAGUAUUUGUAUAUUCCUAUAUUAUCUGGCUAUUAAUACCAGACCAUAGAAAGUGUUAUUAGUGAAAAUUAAACUGAU